AACUAAAAUCCAUUAAAAAAUAACUUUUCCGCCGCGGAACUUCCACAUCCAGUGCCGUUUCAUACGAUGCAAGCAGUCUCUUGUCGAGUCUUUGUUUCGGAAUAUACAACGUAACUCACCUCCCGCGUCACAGACAUUAGAUUGUGCCUGGAUUAAAUCUGGCACUUUUUGUUCACCUGCUUCUGGAUGUUUUAUCUCUGAUACAUCCCCGGUGCCCUGCUAAGCCGUUGAGGUUAGCUUAACUUGCUGUCUGGGUAAGGGAAUUACUUUAUCAGUAUAAUACGACUAGUAAGAGAAUAAAGACAUGCUCACAGAGUUAACAUCAUUUAUGUUAAAGCACCGAACGAUAAAUCUCUCUCUCCUCUCUGUGUGUGUACUGAAAGGAAAAGAAAUUUGACAUUUCUGAAAGAAAAUGUCAAAAGUCCAAACUCUGAAAGCUCUGGCGAGUCAGAGACAAACUGCGGCUGCUGAAGAGAUCAUUGAGCUGUUUGAAAGAACCAUUGCAGAGUACAGAGACUUAAAAGAGGAAAACGAGCGACAGUGGAGGAAAACUACAGCUGUUUCAGUCAAAGCAGAAAUCCAGCAGGUGAUUGUUGGUGACCAUAUUCAAUUUGAGCAGCAGGAGUGGAUUCCCAGUGUAGACCCAGAGCUCCCACAUAUUAAAGAGGAACUGCAGGAACACUGGAGUGUUCAGGAGGGACACCAGCUUCAAGGACUAGUGAAGAGCAAAGAUGAUGAAGAGAAAGCUCAGUCUUCACAGCUUAAUCAGAGAGAAACUGAUGAACAGAUAAAAGAAGAAGCUGAAGGGGAGCAGUGUGAAGAAUCAGAACCAACCAGGAAGCUGAGAGUGUUGGUGAAGCAGCAACUUACUUCAGCUGUUGAAGAGAUAUUUGGGCUGUUUGAAACAACGUUGGCAGAGUACGAAACAGAGAUUGAAGGUCUACAUAAGCUGCUGGAAGAGAGGGUGAAGCCUGAGGUCCAGAUUAUCACAGCAGGACUGAGCGACGUGUACUGGGAUAAUUCUGGAUCUGACGAGUCAUCAUCUGACAGUGAUUUAGAGCCUCUGCAGAAAGUGAGGCCAGUGAACCCUCUGCCUGAGGACGGGCCUGUUACAGAUGUGUGUGCCAUGGAGGUGUCACCAGCCCAAGACAUCGAUAAGGAUGGCACAGUGAGGAUGGUCAUUGAAUCUGCCGGAGGCACAGGGAGACGGCAAAUACAGAACAUCUGUAGUGAUUCAGCUGGCCCCACGCUACACGCACGGCGCAACAUUUGCGACAAACUCUCAGCAUUUAUGUGUCUGUGUGAUGGUGUAAUGUUGCAGCACAUUCGUGAAUGCACCAUUGCCAAAGCACGCAGAGCGGGUGAAGAGAGAGCCAACUGGGAUGUCUCUCUUGCGGAGCUAAAGGCCUUUAUUGCCCUUCUGUAUGUGAGGGGUGCAUACUGUGGGAAAAACAUAGACGUUGAAAGUUUCUGGUCAGAGCAAUGGAGCAUCAUGUUUUUCACCACAACAAUGUCGAAGAACCGGUUUCAAGAAAUCAUGCGCCACCUGUGCUUCGAUCAGAAAAUGACUCGCUGUUGCCAGUCGACCAGUGACAAAUUUGCACACCUGAGGGAAGUGUGGGAUAGGUUUAUAAAGAACUCCAUUGCAUGUUACAGACCAGGGCGGGACAUAACAGUGAAUGAACAACUGUUCCCAACAAAAGUAAGAUGCCCCUUCACGCAGUACAUGUCCAACAAGUUUGGCAUCAGGUUUUGGCUGGCUGUUGAUGUUGACACCAAGUACAUUCUGAAUGGCUUCCCAUACCUGGGAAAAGAUGACAGCAGGUUGGCCACGCAACGCAUUGGAGAAAAUGUGAUGCUGAAGCUGGUGGAGCCCUUUGUUUGCAAGGGAAGGAACAUCACUACCUCCAUCCCACUCGCCAACACACUGUCUUCCAAAAAUACCAGCCCUGUGGGCAAAAUCAAUAAGGACAAGCGGGAGUUGAAACAUGGCAAAAUGGUGCUGUCCAUGAACCAAUCCAAGAGAAAUGUGCACCUGAAGAGAAAGCCAGAGAUGAAGACCUAUCACAACCAAACAAAAACAGGAGUUGACAUCCUUUACCAAAUGGCUCAUCAGUACACAGUGAAAGAUGGCACACGUAGAUGGCCUGUUGCUGCCUUUUACAACGUGCUGGAUUUUGCUGCCAUGAAUGCCUGGGUGCUGUACCAGAGCUGUAUGAAUGAAAACAUCCCCAGAAGGGACUUCAUUCUUCAGCUGGCCCAGGAGCUGCGUGCCGAGUGGAUGGCAUCAAGGGAGCCACCGCGUCUGGACGUGCCUCUCAAAUAUGCAGCAGAGGACCGCAAGAGAAUGACAUGCAUGGUGAAGGCCCAAUGCAAACAGAACAAAACAUACUGUAAAUGCCUCAAGUGUGGGGUUGCUGUUUGUGGGAAAUGCACAGUCAAGGUGAUGUAUGUCUGUGCAAGGUGUGUUUGAGCAACAUGUAGCAGAAAUAAUUACUAAAACUUCCCCUAAUGUUUUCUGAUCCGUGUCAUUUUUGUUUGGUUUUUCUUUUUCUGUUAAACACCGAACAUACCUUGUGUGUCAUAUAAAUAAAGUUUGCUAUAAUAUCA